UGACACAAAUUUUUUAUUUUAUUUUAUUUCCAAACUUUGAUGAACCAUCUUUCAUUCUCAGACCUCACACAUAUGAGUUCCUUCACCACCAUCAUGGCUCCUGUGACAAACUUGCAUGGAGCAGUCUCCAAAACCUUAAUUCCCAUCACAUGCCACCUUCCAAAUGCACACAAAAGCAUAACAAAGAGAGGACAAGUGAUUGGAUUUCUUGGAAGCAAAGCACAAAAGGAAGCAUCAGAGUGUCAAGUUCAGGCCACAAGAAGAGCAGCAGCAUUAGGCCUUGCCACUGUAGUGCUUACUUGGCAAUUCAAUGACAAGGUUUCAUUGGCUAAAGAUAAUGGUUUCUGGUAUGAGGAUCAUCCUCUCCCUGGACCAACUGUCACUAACAAUAUUGCAAAUGAGAAAACGGGAACACGUUCUUUUCUUAAGAGGGGGCUUUACAUAGCAAACAUUGGAGUGAAAGGAAGUGUGUUUAGGAUAAAGAAAUAUGCCUUUGAUCUUCUGGCAAUGGCGGAUCUGAUAGCAGAAGACACACUCAACUAUGUGAGGAAGUACCUAAGACUCAAGUCCACAUUCAUGUACUAUGAUUUUGACAAGGUUAUCUCUGCCAUUCCAGUGGAUGAUAAGCAGCAACUAACUGAUAUGGCUAACAAAUUGUUUGAUAAUUUUGAAAGGCUUGAAGAAGCUUCAAGGAAGAAAAGUCUACCUGAAACAAAAUCAUGCUAUCAGGAAACUGAAGUUAUGCUUAAAGAGGUCAUGGACAAGAUGGAUAUAAUGUACAAAUCAAUUUGACAUUAUCUUAAUCAAGUUGUGUUAUUAUUUCUCUUAUAAAAAUCAAUUUUACUUUUUUGGUAUACCAUGCUGAUUCCAAGUCCAAGAGAAGGGUACCAUCAAGAAUAUAGGAAAGUGUUAUUUAAUAGGUGAGUUUCAGCAAAAUUGCAGAUGUGUAUGAUAGUGCCAAUUAUUAUAUUUUCAAUUAUUGAUGGAUAUCAGGAUAUGUACCACCACCCUGGCGAAAAUGUUUCAUGCCUAAGAACUGGCAUAUCCAAAUCCUCUAAGAAGCAAAAAGCUGCUAUGCUGACAUCCCUAUGCAUGCACAUGCUCAGGAGUUUGGACCGGUUUGGUAGUAGUUCCACA